UAAGAAUGUGGGGUAGCAUGUGCCAUAAGAAGGCUCGUUUAACAUCCGGUACAUCCAGCAGCGGGAGACUGGAGGAUGAAAUGAAAUGAAACUGGCUUCGGCGGAGGCGGAGGCAGGCAAGGCACUUUCGCGCACAUGGUCGCUCUGCAGGUGAAGGCGUCAAACACUUUCUCGUUCUUCGGCCAGUUGCUUUCCGACAACCAGCAGCAGCAGACGUCGGUGGAGUGCAGACAUGCGGCCCAACACCACUCUACUCGUAGUCGGUCUACUAGGGGCAAUUCAGAAGUCCAUGACAGCACAAAACAACGCCAGCAACAGUACGGCACUGCCAGUCAAGGCAAAUGACAGAUUUCGGCGUCUUAUACCAUACAUGACAUUUUAUUUCGCGCGACAGAAUUACGGCAAUCGCCCCAGGUACCAGGAAUACGGCGUUCUUCCAGCUUCCGACAACAAGCUGUCUGCUGUGCCACAGUAUCAGGGGAACCUUGUUGUACCAAACACUUAUCUCUUGCGCUACAGUCCCAGGCAGCUCCCGCCACAAAGCCCCGUUGCCUAUAACACCCUCGCACAUCAAGCGACAAACACCAGGAUCAAGCAGCUCACACCACGCCCCUUUUCUCCGAGCAUCCACGGAAAUAACAUUAAUAGCCCUCAAAACAACAACAGAUACCCUGAAGCUUUAUCAUCACAGACUUACCAGACACAACCAACUGAAGAUUAUGUAAGCCCAGUUGUACAACCACAGAACAGUUACAACAGGGCCAGGUCAUUAACUGUAUCACAAAUCCUGAGCAUAUUGCAGGCAAUACAAAAACUCCCACAGACAGCAACGCCAAACAACAGAGAACAAGCGACGGCCCAGCUUAUUAACGUACUUCGAGAAACUAACCAAUUGCCAACUAGUACCGUAAACAGUCUUACAAAAAUUUUCAAUCAGAUUCCGCAAUACAAUAAAGUUUACCAGUCUCUAGGUCUUUCCGGGACACAGUUACCUCAAGCAGCGCCACUUUAUGACAGUCCUAAGCACGUAAUUCCUGCAAACACAAACAACCCUGCUACACCUAAAUUCUUUAUUCAGCCUUAUGCCAACAAUAAUUAUGAAAGCGGAGUUCCUCAGAUCUCAACACCUGUUACAGAUCUGGUACAAAAUAUUGAUGAUUAUGACACUUACGAUGAUGAACCAAAACUGCAGGAACCACAAAGAGAACACCCUGUAGUUAGGCCAUUACCCCCCAUUCCUAAACAGACCUCGCUGCCCCAAGUAUCUACAGUAGCCCCGGCACCUUCUCUAGCUCAAAAUAUCAAUGAUCUGCAAAAUUAUGACUACAGCUCAGAGACACUGGAAAAUCCUGAUAAUGACAGGAACAACAAACCUACUUCUCAAGUUCCAUCCAAUGACAAUUAUCCAGUCAAAGAACCCCAAACAUCAACACCAAUUCCAUAUGUUGUUCAAAACAUCGAAGAUCUACAAAGAUAUGGAUACGCGGCAAAACUGCCCCAACCACAGCCCAAUUACUACGGUGGCCGCGCUACAACACAGACUUUCCCAGCUACAAACGCUAAAGGGGGCACUCCCGGAUAUCCCGGCAUUGACUAUCCGACCUAUUCAACCAUUCCUGAAACAAGCUUCACGUGCAAGAACCAGAGGUACAAAGGCUUCUUUGGAGACCCGGAAACAUCUUGCCAGGUGUGGCAUUACUGUGACCUGAACGGUGGACAAGCUUCAUUUCUUUGUCCGAAUGGAACCAUAUUCAGUCAAGUCGGCCUCACGUGCGACUGGUGGUUCAACGUCCGAUGUUCUUCGACGCCUCAACUGUACGUGCUAAAUGAGAGGCUGUACAAAUAUAUUCUGCCAGUGGCACCAAGCUUCCCUGAAGAUUUCUCAGGUCCACUGGUGGACCAAUACCUAACACUCAAAUUCAGAGAAUCAGAAAAUAAGAAAAAUUCAAACAGAACUGAACCUGUCAGUCCAAUUAAGACAUAAUUACCCUCAAAAGUAAAUCUUUUUCCCAUAGACAGGUUCCAUGGCAGUAAUGUCAGCAAAAGCAAAGACUACUUCUUAAUAUAAUUCACAUACUUAUCAACACAGCUAAUCAAUUACCUUUUCUUUAAAUAUAUGACACUAAAAAUGUAAUAAUUUGUAAAACAUGAUUCCCUUAAUCAGCUCAGAUACACCAUCAUGUCAUCUGAAAGCAAAUGCAUUUCUAUGUUCAGAGGUUGGUGUUAUCCGACACAAAAUUCCCGGACAGAUGAAUCUAAAGUUCUAAACUUAUUCUGUGAAGUCCAGUCCAGCGCAAUAAAAUAAAACCUAUAGAAAAUGUACCAUAGUUGCUGGGAGACGAUUAUCAAGAUGAGACAUUAAGAACGUUGCUGCUAGCAAUAAUUCUGUAUGCAGCGCUGCACGACAUCACAUUACAUCACUGAUAGGUGAGCAUCUGCCAAAACUGCAAGUUAAAUUCAAGUUUGGGUGACAAAUUUUCAACAAGGCUGCAUGGAAAUGUCACG